UUAAAUUUACUUUCCCAAGUGACAAAUAAUUUGCAAACCUUCCAGGGGGUUACCAAGUAAUAAUCCACGUUGCUAUAAAAGGGCGUUCGCGAUUCCCCUGUCGCCGCCGAUCUCUGUGUCUCGGUUCCCGGUCUCCGUUGAAGCCCUAGAAAUCCCCGAUCGGUGGUCAUGUUCGGAAGCAACAGAGGAGUAGUGGGUGACAAGUGGUCGAGGAGGAUCCUCUGGCUGUGCGUCAUCGGCAGCGGCAUCAGCCUCUACAUGGUGGCGGUGGAGAGGCAGGCUCAGAACCGGAACCGAAUGAUCGGGGAGCAAUUCAGCGAUGCUGAGGGAGAAGAGAUUUGAGGAGAGUGUCUUCAAUAGGUGAAUUCGGUGGAUGUCAGUCUCAAAGCCAUCUCUCUCUCUCUCUCUCUCUCUCUCUCUCUCUCUCUCUCUCUCUCUCUCUCUCUUUCUCUUUUGUUUGUUUUUGAUUUAGGGAAUAGACGUUUGUCUUGUUCUUGUGUUGUUUCGCUAUAGUUUGGAGAGAGUAUGCGUAUGCUAUGAAUUUGAUCAUCUUGAACAAUUGCUGAAUCUUCAUCUGGUUAUUGUAUUCAGUUUUGUGUUGAUUUUUAUUGUUAUGGUUGUUGUGAGUUUAUUUGCACUUGUUUGCUAAUUGUUGGAAUUUAAUUAGCUAGUGUCUACUGUUUGAAAUCGGUGUUUGAUUACUUAGCAAUUAGCAUUACGGAUAAGGUUCCAGUUGAGUGUUCUUGAAUUGUCAAGUAGGAAAACUAUGUGACCAAGGGAGGAGGAUGCUUAAUGUCUAAAUUUGGUAGCGUUUGUUUUGAGCAAUUCAGCUAGUAGGAAGGAAUGAUGGAUUUUCAAAGUUUGACAGCACAUUGUACAUUUUUAUGGUUUUGAUUUUUGUAUUCUAAGUAGACUAGAUCCUUUAUAGUUCACAUAAACUUUGUAAGCUUUUUAUUCACUUGGAGAGGUUGGUUGUGAAUACGAAACAUCUCGAUUUAUAUCAGGUGGCUUGAAUUUGAACCCUUGUAAUAUUGUGAUAUCUGUUUAAUUAAAACUCAAGAUUUCUCUUCUUGCUGAUCAGUGAUCACUAUACUCACCAAGAAGAAAACUGUCAUUCUAGUGGAAAACUGAGAGGGAUUCUUCAACUUUUCCAUUUGUCUCUAUCAUUAUAUGGGAUGAAUUAAGUGAAUGAAGGGCACCACCAACCUUAACUUGAAGUAUAGUGCAAGUUAAAUGGUACUGGCGAAAAAGUUGUUUUGUGGUAACCCCGGAAGUAAUUGGUUUGGAUAUGACCAUUCUCAUGCUUGCCAUGAGGAUGAGAACGUGCCUCACACCUUCUGCUCUUGGAAUUUGAUCCAGAAUUAAAUUCAUAAUCAAAAUGCGAUAUGCAAUUCUUUCACUAGAUUAUUUCUUGUGCCAAUCAUUUUUGUUGCAUUUGGAAUACUGUAUAAAGUGUGAUGGCAGGAUACUGCUACCAGCUUGGUUCUCUAGUAUUGGAAUUGAAGCAUCAGUUAUGAUUGAAGAUGUCAUUUUCAUCAUCAUUUUAUCAAUUUCGGCUGGGUCUAGUAUGUUCAGAGCAGAGCGGAUGUUAUCAAGAAGAUCAAACCUGAUGUUUAUGAGUGGAUGUCAACUAAAACCAAGUCCAGGUGAUUCAACCUGUAUAAAAGAUUUGUUAGAUAUGGUUUGCUCUUUAGCUUUUCCUUUCACUGCUGAACAUUUCCUAGGUUUUCUUUUAGGCUUGAGUUGUAACUAUCAAGAUAUCAGCUGGUAGCAUAUUCACCAUCAUCAAUCAUAUAUAUAUUUAAGUUGCUCUUUGCCCUUUUCUAUUUCUCAUCAGGCUUUUAUUUCUUAUUGAAAUGUAGACAAAGCAAUUUCUGCUAAUUUAUCAAAAACUACAAUAUAAAUGUGAGGAAUCUUAUAAGUUCCUUGAUUUUUCUAGGAGAACUAUAAUUCCUUUGUUUUCUAUGUAAUUGCAUGUUUUCUUACUAUACAACUUAACAUUGGCCACAUUUUCUUACAAAAGUCACAAUUAAUUGUCAAUCUUUUGUCUUGAAACUUGAAUGUUGCUAUGUGGAAUUCAAAUUUUUUUGUGGCUUUGCUGAUUUCCUAGUACCAAUCUUACAUUUAGAUAUUGAACAGUUCAGUUUGAGUGUAAUGUCUAACUUCAACUUCGAAAUUUCUUAGGCCUUAAUGCUCAGAACCUGACACAAAGCAUAUAAGCUCACAAUUACCAUGCAGAAUAUUGGUAUUGCACCAAUUGAAGCGUAGAGAUUAGAUUCUGUUGAGCACAGUUCUCCCUACUGUUUUGUGUAUCAUGGAAAUAAUGAAGAGUUCUUUAAAACUCCUUGCAAGCUGUGCUUCUUUGAGGGCAUUGAAGCAAAUCCAUGCUCAUAUGUUUCUCAAUGGAUUACAUCAUGAUAACUAUGUGGCAGUGCAGCUCUUGUCAUUUUGCAGUAGGGAAUUAAGAGAAGUUGGUUAUGCACGCAUGAUAUUUAAUAGCCUUGCCCAUUCUGCAAAUGUGUUUCUUUGGACUGCCAUGAUUACAUCUUACUCCAAUCAUCAAACUGGUACAAUGAGGGAGGCUUUCACCAUAUACAAGUUGAUGCAGCAACAGGGGCCUUCUCCAAACAAAUUCACUUUGUCAUCUGUUCUCAAAGCAUGUUCAUCCUUACAAGCUGUGGCAGAAGGAUAUGCAGGUAGUGGAAACAUGCUGGCUGCUAGAGAACUGUUCCAUCUAAUGUCAGAGAGAGGAAUCAAUUCUUGGAAUGCAUUGGUUGCUGGAUAUACUCAUAAUGGGGAAUGGUAUGAAGCCUUCAAACUCUUUAGCUUCAUGUGCCUUGAGUAUGUGAAACCCAAUCCCACAACAAUGACAAUUUUGAUGUCUGCUUGUGGCCAGUUGGGAGCUUUAAAGCUGGCGUGGCAAUUACAUGGAUACCUAUGGAAGCACUGUAUUGAGAAGAAUGUACAUGUGCAUAAUUCUUUGAUAGACAUGUAUGCUAAAUGUGGUAGUCUCCAUGAGGCUCAUAAAGUUUUCUCUGAGAUGCCUACAAAGGAUGUAGUAUCAUUCAAUGUGAUGAUUGGGGGCUUUGCUAAUUAUGGGCAUGGAGAGAAUGCCCUUGAGCUUUUCGCUGAGAUGCUAGAGGGAGGGAUUCAACCUGAUACAUUCACCUUUUUAGGUAUCUUAUCAGCAUGCUGUCACUCCAGGCUUGUUGACUCUGGUGCCAAGUUCUUCAGUUGUAUGAAAAGGGAUUUUGGAAUAGAGCCCUCAGUGGAUCACUAUGCCUGCAUGGUUGACCUCUUUGGACGAGCAGGUUAUGUUGAGGAGGCCUAUGAUUUUGUAAAGGCAAUGCAUGUUGCACCACAUGCUGGCGUGUGGGGAGCUCUUCUUAAUGCAUGCAGGACUUACUGUGAUGUCAAAAUCGGUGAAAUUGCAGCACAUGAACUUUUCAGGAUUGAACCAUGGAAUCCUGGCAAUUAUGUGAUUCUAUCUAAUAUUUAUGCUAGAGCUCAUUGUUGGGACAGUGUAACAAAGAUCAGGCGCUUUAUGAGAGGCAGGACAGUGGAAAAAACAUCCGGUUCCAGUUGGAUCCAGGUGAAUCAUGAGUUCCAUAAAUUCACAAUGGGAGAGGCCCUUCACCCUCAGAAUGAGGAAAUUUACGGAGUAUUGAAGAAUAUAUAUUUACAGUUCUUGUAGGGUGGGUGUUAUUUUUAAUUAGAAUACUCAGUAAGCCUGG